UGCAACAGGAAUGCAUUUAUUAUCCUUUUCUUUUUCUUGUUGGGAAAGUUUAAACCCUACAGAAAAUCGCUACAUAAACCCCGCAACAAACAACCAACCCCCAAACCCCUCACUCUUCUCGGCGUCCAUCGGAAAUUUCCAAGGUAAAAAGAUGAAUCUGAAGAACAUGAAGAUUCCGAACGUUCCAGGUGGCGGUGCGUCCUCUGCGCUGCUGAAGCUUGGGCUUCUUGGUGGAAUUGGUUUAUAUGCAGCUGCUAACAGUCUCUACAACGUUGAAGGAGGUCACCGAGCCAUUGUUUUCAACCGUCUAGUUGGUGUCAAAGACAAGGUCUAUCCUGAAGGAACACACUUUAUGAUUCCGUGGUUUGAGAGGCCUGUUAUCUAUGAUGUCCGUGCACGACCCCAUCUAGUUGAGAGUACAUCUGGUAGUCGUGAUCUACAGAUGGUGAAAAUUGGACUUCGAGUUCUUACUCGCCCUUUGCCCAACCAAUUACCUACGGUUUAUCGGACCCUUGGAGAGAAUUAUAAUGAAAGGGUUUUACCUUCAAUCAUACAUGAAACUUUGAAAGCCGUGGUUGCCCAGUACAAUGCCAGCCAGCUUAUUACUCAGCGAGAGGCUGUUAGUCGGGAAAUCCGGAAGAUUCUAACUGAAAGGGCUGCUAACUUCAAUAUUGCCCUUGAUGAUGUGUCAAUUACUAGUCUGACUUUUGGCAAGGAGUUUACUGCUGCAAUUGAAGCUAAGCAGGUAGCUGCACAAGAAGCUGAGAGGGCUAAAUUUGUUGUGGAAAAAGCUGAGCAAGACAAGAGAAGUGCUGUAAUUAGAGCACAGGGAGAAGCAAAAAGUGCCCAACUGAUUGGGCAAGCUAUUGCCAACAAUCCAGCUUUUAUCACACUGAGGAAGAUAGAAGCCGCAAGGGAGAUUGCACAUACUAUAUCAAAUGCGGCAAACAAGGUUUACCUGAAUUCAGAUGAUCUAUUGUUGAAUCUUCAAGAGAUGAAAUUGGAGCCAGGCAGAAAGUGAGUGUGUUAGCCUGUUUGUUUCUUUUUGGUUUUAGCUUGUAAACUAUCAAUUUCAGGAUCGAUUUUCUUGAUAUGUUUUUGCAAAUUCGGAUAUAGCUGGCUUGAUUAGACAACUGAGCGGCAACCCUUUAAAUCUUUGGGAAAGGAUUAAUUGAGAUCCAAACGAAUGCUUCACAUUACUUGAAAUAAUUGCUAGAGUUUAGCAUCCUGAUUUAAUUUUGCUGCCUGAAAUAAGUUGGAUUGUCGGUUUUUUA